AUGAGAAAAAAGAAAGAAGUGAAGGUUCCUGUGAUCAAUCAGAAAGGAUACGAAAUGCAGGCCGAAUUCAAUGUAAAGUUGAUGAAUCUGCUGAAGAAAGGUCAAGGAUCAGGGAAUGUGGAUGAGGUGCUCGAGAAAGCGUUGGAUCUUCUGAAGAACCGAAAUCAACAGCUAGUUCUCUUGGACCAAAAUCCGGAGGCUUUGAAGCAAGUUGAGAGAUGGAAGGCUCUUUCGGAAUUAUCAGGAUCGUCUUUUUCGGCUUCGGAUGAAUCACGUUUGUUCGCUAUGGCAUCUCUGCUGUCUAAAGAGGCUCCGAGUUCGUCGAGAAGACAGGCUCCUCCUCGCCAGUUCUUUCGAGGAGCGGAUUUCGGAGGAAGGCACUCUGAAAUUCGACGUUUCUCGCCCGCCUACCCGUACCAAAAUGGCCAGCUCAGAAGACCUCAGCAAGAUGUCAAUGUGGGAAGCAAUUUUGAGAAAAGAGCAAGAGUUCAAUGCUUCAGUUGCAAAGAAUUCGGACAUUACGCCCCCGAGUGCCCAAACAGAAG